AUGCAGAUGCCGGAUUUUAACAUUGAUGAUCUUCUUGAUGAGCAACCGGGACCCUCUUCACGGCCGACAAACCCCCCUACAAUACAUCACCAUGAAGACAUGUCUUCUGACUCUUCUGAAUCAACUAGAAAUGAGCGUUUGGGUAGGGGACAUAGACAGCGAAGGAUCCCUAGGUGUGGAACUGGGGGACAUAUUAGAUGA